AUCUUCAUCUUUUCAAUAUUAUCGUUGUAUCUCAUCUUGAGUUCCUAUUUCAAUUCAAUAGAUUAAUUCCCCAGAAUUUUCACAGUUCUUCUUCUUGGAUUCUGUAACAGUCACCUACCUAUUUCCCACUUUUUUAUAGCUUGUGAUUCGAACCACAUAAUCUCUCGAGCUCUACUCAAGGAGAAGCCCCUAUUAACUCCGAAGGAUAAGCAUGAAGAGAACUGUGGAGAGAACCGGCAAUAUUCAUAGGAGCUGCAGUACUGAUCUUGAGAUCAAUUGCUAUAUCUACCAUUUUCCUCUAUGUGCAAGAUUAGAGUUUGAGAGAAGAAGAAGAAGAAGAAGUUGGUGAAAAAAUAGCAUACAAUGCAAGUGAUUUUCAGGUUCAUGAGUAAAAUGGGGAUUUUUGUGGACGAUUGGAAAGAAGUUGAAGGAUGAGGGACCCAGUUGAAGAAAUGAAAAGUUGGAGGGGUGAAAUGCAAAGUCUAGCCCAAAACCCAUCAAACCCAAAGCCCACUCCAAAACUCAAACCAAACCCAACACCAACCCAUUUUGAUUUAAAGUCUCAGACCCAAAAGCCCAAAAACCCAAAGAACCAAAACCCGUUUAACCCAAACCCAAAAAAAAAAAAGAAAAAAAAAAGAAAAAGAAAACAACAAAAAGAGAAAAAGAGGAAGGCAUCUGGAACUUUCUCCUUUCCCCCAUCAAUUCUUUUUUCAUUUUUUUCCUCUCUCCUGAACCAGCCCUGCCUAGCCUUGCACCAGCCCGCGCCCAACGCCCCCAGGCUCUGCUGCCCUGCUGCACCCCAGCCUGCACUCUACCGCGCCCCCUAGCUCGUGCACCAGUUCCUGCACGCUGCGUCACACCCCGGGCCUCUGCGCGUCUGAGCCUGCACUCUCCCCUCUACGCGCCUGAUCCUGCAAUCACGCCCCUGUUGCUUGCACGCCUGAUCCUGCUGCUGCACCGCGCCUGCACUCCUGCUCGCUACAGUACAUGCCAGUUGAAAUCUUCAUCAUUACUGAUUGACAGGAGCA